AUGCUGGGGACUCUGGGCCUUUGGGUACUCCUCCCCAUAGCUGUGCAAGCACCCCCAAGCAGGCGGACCUGUGUGUUCUUUGAGGCCCCUGGAGUGCGGGGAAGCACAAAGACACUGGGGAAGCUGCUAGAUGCAGGACCAGGGCCCCCCAGGGUUAUCCGCUGCCUCUACAGCCGCUGCUGUUUUGGGAUCUGGAACCUGACCCAACACCAGGCACAGGUGGAGAUGCAAGGAUGCCGAGACAGUGAUGAGCCAGACUGUGAGGCCUCCCACUGUGAGCUGAGCCCCCGAGCCCACCCUGGCCCCAGGUCCACUCUCUUCACCUGCUCCUGUGGCACUGACUUCUGCAAUGCCAAUUACAGCCAUCUGCCUCCUCCAGGGAGCCCUGGGACUCCUGGCUCCCAGGGUCCCCAAGCUGUCCCAGGCGAGUCCAUCUGGAUGGUGCUGGUGCUGCUGGGGCUAUUCCUCCUCCUCCUGCUGCUGCUGGGCAGCAUCAUCUUGGCCCUGCUACGGCGAAAGGCCUGCAGAGUCCAAGGUGGCCCAGAGCCAGAGCCAGAGCCAGAGCCAGGCUCAGGCAGGGACUGGAGUGCUGAGCUGCCCGAGCUGCCUGAGCUGCCCGAGCUGUGUUUCUCCCAGGUAAUCUGGGAAGGAGGUCACACAGUGGUGUGGGCUGGGCAGCUGCAAGGCAAGCUGGUAGCCAUCAAGGCCUUCUCCCUGAGGGCCGUGGCCCAGUUCCAAGCUGAGAGAGCACUAUAUGAACUGCCAAGCCUACAGCACGACCACAUUGUCCGCUUUAUCACCGCCAGCAGAGGGGGCCCUGGGCCCUUGCCCUGUGGGCCCCUGCUGGUACUGGAGCUGCACCCAAAGGGCUCCCUGUGCCACUACUUGACCCAGCACACCAGUGACUGGGGAAGUUCCAUGCGGAUGGCGCUGUCCCUGGCGCGGGGCCUGGCAUUUCUCCAUGAGGAGCGCUGGCAGGAUGGCCAAUACAAACCAGGUAUCGCCCACCGAGAUCUGAGCAGCCAGAAUGUGCUCAUUCGGGAGGAUGGGUCGUGUGCCAUUGGAGACCUGGGCCUUGCCUUGGUGCUCCCUGGCCUCACCCAGCCUCCCACCUGGGCCCCAACUCAACCCCGAGGCCCAGCUGCCAUCAUGGAGGCUGGCACCCAGAGGUACAUGGCACCAGAGCUCUUGGACAAGACUCUGGACCUACAAGACUGGGGCACGGCCCUCCGGCAAGCCGAUGUUUACUCUCUGGCUCUGCUCCUAUGGGAGAUCUUGAGCCGCUGCCCAGAUUUGUGGCCUGACAGCAGACCACCACCCUUCCAACUGGCCUAUGAGGCAGAACUGGGCAGCACCCCUACCACCUGUGAGCUGUGGACCUUGGCCGUGGAGGAGAGAAGGCGCCCCUACAUCCCAUCCACCUGGCACUGCUUCACCACAGACCCUGGUGGCCUGAGAGAGCUGCUAGAGGACUGUUGGGAUGCAGACCCAGAAGCACGGCUGACAGCUGAGUGUGUACAACAGCGCCUGGCUGCCCUGGCCCGUCCUCAGGAGGCCUGCCCCUUCCCAGAGAGCUGCACCCACGACUGCCCACCUCUCUGCCCAGAAGACUGCCUCUUACCUCCUCCCCACUGCCAUUCCCCCUUGUAG